AGGAUGUAACAAGUCGCCAUGUUUAUGUCCUCAAAACACUAUCUAAACACACGUAUUAUCAGCGAACUUUGAUAGCAUAAUGACGAAUCCAGUGACGGGUAGUCUAGUUGAGGGCAUCGCUGAUGAUUUAAUCGUUGGUGCAUUACUUUUUGUGGUGUUACUUGCCAUUUUCAUAGUGUUUAUUGUGAACGUACAAGGCCACAGAAGUCGUCAGCAGCGUCAGAUCCAUCCUGAGAGUGAGGCGAGUGUGAAUACAACCAGGCAGCGACUUGAACAGCGGAAUUUAAUGUCCCGUAAUGUUCGGAACCCUGGGGAAUCUUCCACCUGUCCAGUAUGCCUCGGCGACACAUCUUAUGCAGUAGAGACAAAUUGUGGACAUGUGUUUUGUGGUAGCUGUAUAACAACCUACUGGCAUUAUGGAUCGUGGCUUGGUGCUAUUCGCUGCCCAGUUUGUCGGCAGCAGGUCAAUAUACUGCUGUUCAACUUCACGGAGCAGGAAGCACGAACAGUCACGAAUGAGAGGGGUGAAAUAGUUCAAGAAAUUAAUAAUUAUAACCGGAGAUUUUCUGGGGAACCCAGGCCUUGGAUGGACUACAUCCGAGAUCUCCCCACCCUUCUCCGAUAUGCUGGCAGCGAGUUUUUCACUUGGAACGGUCUGGUCUGGGUAUUCCACGCUCGUAUCCUCAUCUGCUGCCUGGCUGCUCUUCUUUAUUUCAUCAUACCAUUUGACAUUAUACCUGAAGGUGCUUUCGGACUAAUCGGCUUUUUCGAUGACAUGUUUAUAGUAUUUAUGCUGGCGAUUUACAUUACAAUUAUAUACCGGCGACUUGUCGAGGCGAGAGCGAACAAUAUCAAUGCUGCUAACAAUGUCCGAGUAGGAUGAAGAACACCCCACCAAGGACUGUUCAGACAGAAAUACUGGCUAUCAUUGCUCAUUACUUUAUCCAACUUAUAUCAGUUUGUGUUUGUGUUUCUCUGUUUCCUCUUUUUGUUUGGGAAACACUUGAAAACAAAUACAUUUCCUCUGUUGUGAAAUCAAUGGAAUGCCUCAAUCAGUUACGGGGUACACUGGAACAUGAAUACAGACAUAUCUUAAGUAUUUUUUAGAAAGCCAGGUCAUGAUAUCGUUUUGGUUAUUGUGUUGGAAAUGCCGGAACACGCCCAGAUUUGUUUCCGUGUCCCCUAAGGUUAAAUCACUUUAGCAUCAGUCAGUUGUACUGGAACAUGAAAACUAACAUAUCCCUGGAAUUGAGGACAGUUUUUCCCAUAUGUUUUUUAAAAGCCAGGACGUGGUGUCUUCUUGAGGAUAAAAGACUUUAUUCUUCGUGUGAGAAAUACUGGAAAAGAAUACAUUUCUCAGUGUGUUAUCUGUUGUGAAGCCAGUAUUUGAAGAUUUUGAAUAUCUUUGACGUGAUGGAUUUCGACCGGACUAGGUCUCCGUAUCUGUCCCACUUAAAAGGGGAUUUCGCCCCACCAGCACUUCAGGCACUUGCCCAGGAAAAUGUACCUUGUUAUAAUUUUUUGUUUAAUUGUGCGGCCUGGUGAACAUGUGGGCAAUAGGGGUACAUUCAGAAACUUGCACAUAGCUUAAUGUUUCUGGAAGGGCAUUUUACAAGGAUGUCUUGCUGAUAUGAAAUUCGCUUUAAGUUGAAGUCUGCAAAGAGAAGAAAGAUGAUUUAUUUAUUGAUUCCGUUUCUGUUGUCCUGUUUUUAUGAAAUGUGUCAAUUAAUUAGUCUGUUAUCCGUGUUGCCAAACUUUGUGUCAUGUUUUAAUUUAUAUUUGAUUUAAGACCAAAGCCAUUGCCAAUGAGAUUGGUGACUAGACAUGAAUUUUGAGAUUUCUGUGUUGUGGGCAUUGGCAGAAGUAAAUUUUUUUGGCACUGAUGAAUAAAUUUCUCGUGGAAGCACCUACCGAAUUCACUAUGCAUACUGAUCCAAUAGCCUCUGGUUCUUGUUUUUGUCUCGUUGCUACAUGUACUGAAAGUCUUUCAAAGACUGUGCUACACAUUUAUAUCAUGUACAGAUAUUUUUCGUAUGAAAAUAAUAAUGUUUUGUAGAUGUUUCAACAAAAUAUUGUAAGGACAGCUAUUAAAAUUUAAUGAAUAUUCAAGGGUUUUUUGUGUAGCUGAUUAUUACAGGCUAUUUCCUGCCUGUGUGAUUAAAGCAAAUCAUUUUCUC